AAAUAUUUAAGCUAUCUCUCUAAUUAUAAAUUCUUUCAUCGCGAUAGGCAUAUCCAUAACAAACACAAAAUCUUCCGUGUGUUCAACUCUCAACCUAGUAAGGUGGUCAGCACAUUGAUUAGCCGAACAGUGAAUGUGCCCAAUCGUAGUGUUAGUCUGAGCCAAUAAAAAAUGAGCUUCAUUGAUCAGCAGACUCUGGGUCUGGGGGUGAUUGCCUGGGUACAAGCAGAGUUGUUGUGUCUAUGGCAUUACUCGUUUUCCACCGUUGUGUAUGGGCCUACGAUCCACCUCAGUUGGGCCGAGCUAGGCUCUUACGUCCUCACGGGUUGGUCCGUCCGUCUAGAUACGUCUCGCAGGUACUAGAAACUUCGUCAGCCCACUUCGCACUUAUCCGCAUCGAUAAUCCCCGAACGCACUAGAAUUCUCCUUUCACUUCUCAUAAAUACCCAACACGUCCCUCCUCUUUCUCCUCACUUCAGCAGCAACAAACCAAAGCAAUCAUUCCAGCGUAGCAUUCUUCUUGCAAUCCAAUCAGGCUUCCAAACGCUCAACCAAUUCCUUCGAUUCACUUCCGCACCAAACCCAGAAAAAAAUGUCUCUAAUCCCAAGCUUCUUCGGCGACCGACGAGGCAGCAGCGCUAGCAACAGCAUCUUCGAUCCCUUCCCCCUCGACGUCUGGGACCCAUUUCGGACCUUUCCCCAAUUCCCCCAACUAUUCCGCGAGAACUCGGCGUUGGUGACCACGCGCGUGGACUGGAAGGAGACCCCGGAGGCGCACGUGUUCAAGGCGGACCUGCCGGGGCUGAAGAAGGAGGAGGUGAAGGUGGAGGUGGAGGACGACAGGGUGUUGCAGAUCAGCGGGGAGAGGAGAGCGGAGAAGGAGGAGAAGGACGAGGCGUGGCACCGGGUGGAGAGGAGCAGCGGAAAGUUCGUGAGGCGGUUCAGGCUGCCGGAGAACGCGAAGAUGGAUCAGAUCAGGGCGGGGAUGGAGAACGGGGUUCUGACCGUGACGGUUCCAAAGGAGGAGGUGAAGAAGCCCGAUGUUAAGAGUAUUGAGAUUUCCGGUUAGAUUUUGGUCGAUGUAAAUUCUCUCUCAAGAUGCCUGAGUCAGUAUUUUAUUACUACCGUUAUAUAUAUGAUGUGAAUUGUAGUAGUGUGUUUUUUUUU